AUGGGCCGGGACCGGGUUUUUCUUGCGGAUGAAGAGGGAGGGGGGAAGACGGCGACGGUCUUUGGAACGAUGUUCAACCCGGUGGACGAGAGCCCCUUUGUUCCUGCCGCUAAGAAAGCCCCACCGUUGGGGGGGAAGGCCCAGGAAGGGACACGGAUUGGAGCGAGUUUUGUCGAAAAAACGGCUGUUGUUGUGAAUAACGAGGGCGGCACGACGAGCGCCGAUGCAGAGAAGCAGGAGCAACAAAGGGUGGAUGAUGCCCAGCACCCUGAUGGUGCUUCUGCUGUAGUUACCGCCAAAUUCAGUAGGGAAAGUAAAGACUACGAGCACGACUCCCACCGACCUUUUUCGCGAAGAACCACGACUACAGAUCCCGGCCCACAUCAAGCCCUUCCGAGGACCGCGUCGGCGCUGGAAGUUCAACUACAAAACCAGAAGAAGUUCUCUUCCUGGCUCCUGCCGGAGAAUAGUGUA